AUGGUUGCGGUCAGCGGACAGAUUCGUUAUACCAUCCCAGAGGAGAUGAGGAAAGGACUGCUUGUGGGAGACGUGGCUAAGGACCUGGGCUUGGAUGUGAGAAGGUUGGUGUCUGGUCGAGCUCGUCUGGUUAUAGAUGAUGAAAAUCCAUAUGUGGCGCUGAACCAGAACAAAGGACACCUCGUUGUCAAUGAAAGGAUCGACAGAGAAAAGCUCUGCGCCAAGAAAUCUCUGUGCAGUUUCGCUCUAGAAAUUGUCCUAGAAGACCCCCUCGAAUUAUUUUCCAUAACGAUCGAGGUGCAGGAUAUUAACGAUCACGCUCCUGCUUUUCCAAAAAAGGAAAUUAAUUUAGAAAUCAGCGAAUCGACGCUGGCUGGAGCCGUUUUUCUGCUCGAGAGCGCAACUGACCCUGACGUGGGAAUAAACUCCCUGCAGAGCUACUAUUUAAAAGAAAACCAGCAUUUUAUUCUCAAGCAGCAUGCAGGAGCCGAUGGGAGAAAAUACGCGGAAAUGGUGCUUUACAGCGGGUUGGACCGCGAGAAGCAAAGCGAGCACGCGCUGAUCUUAUCAGCAGCUGAUGGAGGAGAGCCGCAGAAGUCAGGAACUGUCAAGAUCCAUGUUUCUGUUUUAGAUGCGAAUGAUAACGCACCCGUUUUUACACAAAUGAUAUACAAAACAUCCGUUCUGGAAAAUGUUUUGCCAGGCGCAUUUAUUCUUAGAGUCAGCGCCGUCGAUGCAGAUCAGGGUUUUAAUGCGAACGUCACUUAUUCCUUCACCCACUUAGAGGAGGGUUCACCAUGUCCUUUCGACAUCAACCCCCACACGGGAGAAAUUAAACUCGUGGAUAAGCUUGAUUACGAGGUUUCUCCAAGUUAUGAAUUAAACAUGCGAGCUAGAGAUCCGUGGGGGUUAUCAGGCGCGAGCAAAUUAAUGAUAGAGGUAGUGGAUGUAAACGAUAACAGCCCCGUGAUGACGCUGGCCUCAUACGCUGGCAAAAUUUCAGAAGAUUCACCUCCUGGUACUGUUGUGGGAUUGAUUAGUGUUCAGGAUAAAGAUUCGGGGAGAAACGGACAGGUGCGUCUAACACUGCAUGAAAAUGUCCCUUUCAAAAUAAAAUCAUCUCUUAGAAACUACUAUACAUUAAUCACGGAGCAAAUACUCGACAGAGAAAGAGACAACAAAUAUAAUAUAACUCUAACUGCCACUGAUGAAGGUUCUCCUCCGUUAUCAAGCAGAAAGGUUUUAGUUUUAGACGUCAGUGACAUUAAUGACAACGCUCCAACAUUCAGUCAAAGUGCUUACAGCACUAUCAUAAUGGAAAACAACACCCCAGGUGUUUCUCUGUUGCAGAUCCACGCCACAGAUCCAGAUCAGGGUCAGAAUGCCCGCAUUUCCUAUUUAAUUACUGACGGUGAAAUUAACGGGCAUCCAGUCUCAUCAUAUUUCUCCAUUAAUUCAGACAGUGGUGUGAUUCAGUCGUUGAGAUCACUUGAUUAUGAACAAAUUAAAGAGUUAGAUUUUGUUGUCAAAGCACAGGAUGGAGGCUCUCCUCCACUCAGCAGCAACGUGACUGUGAAAGUCCUGAUCCAGGAUCAGAACGACAACCCCCCUCAGAGGAUACAGAGUGACAAGAACCUCCUGGACCAACCUGACUCUCCUUUAGAGGACCAAGGACAGCAUUAUGGUUAUGUUGGGAAGAAGCACUUUGAAAAUGAAUCAUGA